GCCCGGCCUGAGGAGCGGCCCCCGGCUGCGGGGAGAAUCGGUGCGGCCCUCGGGGACACGGUGGCCCGUCACCUGGGGAUGGUGCGGCCAUGGAAGCGUAAACAUGGAUUCCCUGCCCCCUGGAUAGUCUGGAUAGAACAAGCAGAGGAUAUUGAUGCUCGGAAAUCUCAAACUCCUUCAGUUAACCAGCAUCUGAGAGGGAUUCACUGUGUCAGCUGAGCCGACGAGGCACCAUAAAUUCCGCAGCAUGGAGACAUUAUUCACUAGCUCUGAGAGUGAGCUGGCAUUCACUCAAUCCACCCACCAGCAAGUUCAAGCUGUGGAGAAACCUUUUCCCUGUCCCGAUUGUGGGAAGGGAUUCACUCAAACAAACAACCUGAAGAGACACCAAAGACAAGUUCACGCUGAGGAGGAACCAAUUCCUUGUACAGAUUGCGGGAAGGUAUUCUCUCAAGCCUGCAACUUGAAGAGACACCAACAGCAAGUUCACGCUGAAGAGAAACUAUUUCCCUGUCCCGAUUGUGGGAAGGAAUUCUCUCAGGCCGGCAACCUGAAGAGACACCAGAGAAUUCACACAGGGGAGAAGCCAUUCACCUGUUCUGUGUGUGCGAAGGGAUUUACUGCAUCAUCUGGGCUACAGACACACCAGCGGAUUCACACUGGGGAGAGGCCGUUCACCUGUUCUGAGUGUGGGAAGGGAUUUGUCCAAUUGGCAAACCUCAGGACACACUAUCAAAUUCACACCGGGGAGAGACCGUUCAUCUGCUCCGAGUGUGGCAAGGGAUUUACUCAAUUAUGUGGGCUGCAGCAACACCAGAGGAUUCACAUCAGGGAGAGGCCGUUCACCUGCUCUGUGUGUGGGAAGGGAUUUAUGCAGUCAUCUCACCUGCAGUCACACCAGCGAAUACACAUUGCAGAGAGACCGUUCACGUGCUCUAUGUGCGGGAAGGGGUUUAUUGAUCACUCUGGGCUACAGAGACACCAGCAGAUUCACAGUGGGGAGAGGCCGUUCAUCUGCUCCGAGUGUGGGAAGGGAUUCACUGAUUCUUCCAGCUUGCUGACCCACCGGCGAAUUCACACUGGGGAGAGGCCGUUCACUUGUUCCGUGUGUGGGAUGGGAUUUGUACAAUUAUCUCAGCUACAGACACACCAGCCUAUUCACACCGGGGAGAGGCCGUUCACUUGUUCUGUGUGUGGGAAGGGAUUUAUACAUUCAUAUCGGCUGCGUUCACACCAGCGGAUUCACACUGGCGAGAGGCCGUUCGCCUGUUCUGUGUGUGGGAAGGGAUUUAUACAUUCAUAUCGGCUGCGGUCACACCAGCGGAUUCACACUGGCGAGAGGCCGUUCGCCUGUUCUGUGUGUGGGAAGGGAUUCACUGGGUUGAACUACUUGAAAAAGCAUGAGCGGGUUCAUACCGAGGAGAGGCCGUUCCCUUGUUCUGUGUGCGGGAAAGUAUUUAUUGAUACAUCUCGGCUACAAUUACACCAGCGAACUCACACUGGGGAGAGGCCGUUCACCUGCUCUGUGUGUGGGAAGGGGUUCACUGGGUUGAACUGCCUGAAAAGACAUGAGCGAGUUCACGCCAGGGAGAGACCAUUCACUUGUUUUGUGUGUGAGAGGCGAUUUAUGGAUGCAUCUCAGCUAAAAUCACACCUGCGGACUCACACGGGAGAGAAGCCUUUCACUUGUUCUGUGUGUGACAAGGGGUUUGGUAAAUUACAUGGGCUACAAGUACACCAGCGAAUACACACUGGGGAGAGGCCGCACACUUGUUCUGUCUGUGAGAAGGCGUUUACUAACUUAGCUGCGUUACUAACACACCAGAGAAUUCACACAGGUGAGAGGCCAUUCACCUGCUCUGAGUGUGGGAGGAGAUUCACUCAGUCUUCCCACCUGAAGACCCACCAGCGAGUUCACGCUGCGGGGAAACCAUUUGCCUCUCCCAACGGUGGGCAGGUCGACACUGAUGACCUGGUGACCGACCAGCAAAUUCACACUGAAUAGAGGCCGCUCACCUGUUCUGUGUGUGGGAAUGGAUUCACUCAGUCUCCCAACCUAGUGACCCAUGAGUGAGUUCACACUGGAAGGGGAGUUUAAAUAAGCUGUCUGUUCUGUGUCUAACCAUCACAGUUGCCGAAUCCUGUUUCAAGUCUAAAAGUGUCUGCUGGUGUUAGAGUCUGUGGUUUGUGCUGCUGCUCAUCACAUCUAGGACUCGCAGGUCACUGGGCACAGUUGUGCUUCGUUCCACUGAUGAUAGUUUGCAUUUAUUUUAUUGUCACGUGUGCUGAGGUACGGUGGAAAGCAUUUGUUGCGUGCGGCGGAGCGAUGUGGGGGGGGGCUGGGGCGGGACGCUGAAGAACAAAGGAGGACCCAGUGUGCGGGAACAGUCGUUCCGGGGGGAGAGAGAACAAAGGAGGACUCUUGGGUAUUUCACUUUGACUUGUCAUGUGACAAUAAAGCAUUAAUUCAAUGGAAAGACAAUACAUGAUUAUACCUGCUAUUUCCAUUGCUAUAUCUGAGCUGGGGUUUAAUAUUCUGGGUUUGUGAUAAAUGAGUUCUGUUGUAAACCCGGUGGCUCAGGUCCUUGUCCCUGCCUCUACAACACACUCCUUCAAUGAACCAGGAGGUCCACAUUCUUCUGAGUUCAGGAGUUAUAGGAGCAGAUCGGUCAGGUCAGAGAGUUCACAUUGGGGAGAGAGCAUUCACCUGUUUAGUAUGGGAAUGAUUUCACUUGAUUAUCUGAGGUAUUGGCACACCAGCUCGUUCACACUUGGGAGAAAGGUUAAAUAAUAUUUUGGUUUUGGUGUUUCACAUCUCCCGCAAGUCUGUAGUUUUCUGACUAUGUGGUUAAACCUGAUGUUCAUCAUAACCAGGACUAAACCCUGGUCAUUGGAGACAUUUGGAGGUUGUUCUUAUGUUGUUAGUACUUCCUGUAACUGGGCUGUAGUUUAAUAUCUUGGAUAUGUGACAAAUAAAGGAGUUCUGUUGUAAAA